AUGUCGAAGGCGCAAGGUCAAGGCAAGAUCAGAAACCUCGGAGUGUCGUUGGCAAGCCGCUCAUUUGAGUCACCAGUGCACCGCCGAGCCUUGGGCUUCAUGUCAAAGAUGCAUCUCGCUGAAUCUGACCUGCGACUUCCAUCCCCAGCCUCGGAGAAGAGGUCGAAAACCCGGAGUUGUCGGGAAUUACGCGUUCGUCCACCCGUGGCUCGCUCCCCAAGUCAUGUUCCUCCAACCUUGAUGGAUAGGGGCACAACACGUGUUCCACAAGACGCUCACUUCCCAGACUCGCUAACUCGAUGUUCACCUAGGAGGAGCAAUGGUUUCCGUGAACCGCUAUCCUCGGACGGUCUCGGUGAUCAUCAAGCCGUGGAGCAGCCUCGUCUGAGGGCUUCAGAAAAGCCACCACAUGAGAACUUGAUACUCGGCCAAGAUGAAGACGUGGUCUACAAGUCAGGAGCCUUCCUGGUCGAGAACGAGACUUCUGGCUCUCCACAGACUAAUCUACGUGCUGGGCGAUCCAGAAAGUCCAACGGUCCGAGCGCGGAGGCGUGUCAGAGCGGGACGAGCUCUCUCGACACCAUAGCGAUACUCGACAAAUUUGUGGUGACGGGCGAAUUCAGCUCCAGCUCUCCCGAAUCCUUCUGCUACCCCAUCCUCACUAGCAAACGCGCUCUGGCUUCGAGCGAGCUGAAGGUCCUGCUGAGCAAAAGCCGAUGGAUCUUAGCGGAUACCCCACAGCUUCAAAACCCCUGCCUCGACAAAAGCGGUUUCUUUCGUGGACUUCGAGAAUUUUCCAGCGGCGAUGUCAGAGAGGCUGACAAGCUCAAGGCUCUGCAGAUCACCAUCAUGGUCACCUUGAUCGUUGCACUGAUGAAAGCUCUCGAGGAACAAUCAUACGACCCUGCAAACGUGCCUGGGUGGCAGGAGUUGACAAUGGCAACGCGGCUCCUGUCCCGUGUCAUGUGGUCGGGGAAAGGCGAUCUCAUGACCCUCCAGUGCUGCAUCGUGAAGGUCCUCGCCUUGUUGUACAUCGAGGAGCAUGAUCUUGCGUACAGCGCCUUGUCCGAGACCGUCUGUUUAUGCUUUCAAAUCAAACUGAACCGCCAAUCAACCUGGACCCAGUGCGGCCCCUUCGAGACGCACAUGCGGCAACGCAUAUUCUGGACCAUCUUCUGCAUCGACCGGUCAGUCGCACAAAUCUGUGGAAUGCCCUACCUGGUGCGAGAUUCAGAAGUCGGCGUCGAACUUCCCGACGUCGUGGAUGGACAGCCACUAGAUGCCGACGGGAGCUGGCCAUUGUGGAGCAGCGACGCGAUCGACAUGAGAUAUAUACGCUGCAUUGUGAAGUGGUGCCAAUUGAGUGCGGAGGUCUGGGACGAAAUGUACGGCAAGGGCUCGAACGACUUGAACACCGAGGAAUUCACCGCCAUCACCGACGCCAAAUUAUUUCUGCUCCAGGACAGCCUGCCGGAUUACUUGAAGUGGGAUCCGGAGAAAGUGGGAACUCCAGACGCAGAUCUGGUACCGCGACAUAUAAGUCGACAAGCCUCAAAUAUACAUUUGCGAAUAAAUCAUCUGAGACUGUUGCUGAGACGACAAUCAAUGAUGAGCUUCAACUUCUCCGAGAGCGCGGCCAAGACAUGUACAGCGAUCGCCAACGACACGGUUGAGGUGAUCAGCCAAGCUCACUUUUCACAUUCCCGCCAGGAGCUAGAACGGUAUUCGUCUGUUACCUACACACUCGGCGCCGUCAUUCCAGUUGCGUGUAUCAUACUGAGAAGCAAAGGGCGACCGGAGAUUGGCCAGAAGACGGUGGAGGUGUUUGAGAAGGGCAUCGUUGUCCUUCGAGACAUUGCCUUGUCUCUCUCCAUGGCCCGGAAUGCGCUACGCAGGCUGAACAGGAUCAUUUCCGCCGUGGAGCAGGUCAUCGAGAGGAUGCGGGGCAACGCCUUGGAAGCCUACAUCCCUGACGAGCCUCAAACCUCGGGGUUCGACCAUCCGGUCGACGCAGGUGUGAUGUAUCAGGAUCUCUUUGAUAUGACCUUAGAUGAUGGCACGUUUGGGUCCCUGAUCGACGGUCCCGACCUGCUGGGGUUUGACACUUGGAUAUGA